UUAUCCUUUUACUAAAUUUAUUGCUAAAUCUACCAAAAGUGUUUAAAAUAAUUAAUUAUUUCAUUACUCCCUCUAAACUUUCAUAAAUUUAAGUUUUCAUUGAAAGUAUAAACUACUUUUAGUUUUAUUUAGUUUUAUUUGCCAAAAUGCUGCAAUACUUAAAGAUACAGGAAUCAAAAAUUGAAAUCGAUGGCCAUUCUAUAAACUAUAUUAAAGAAGGAAUUGGUGACCACCAUGUACUUUGCUUUCCUGGUGCAUUGGGGACAAUUUGGAGUGAUUUUAAACCUCAAGUUGAAAACCUUGAUAAAGAUAAGUUUUGUGUAAUUGCCUUUGAUCCUCCUGGAUAUGGCUUCAGCAGACCACCAGAUAAAAGUUUCGGCACGGAUUUUUAUGAAAAAGAUGCAGAAAUUGCUUAUAAGUUGAUGAAGAAAUUAGGGAUAAAGAAGUUCUCAUUGUUAGGAUGGAGUGAUGGGGGCAUCUCCAGCAUAAUUUUAAGUGCAAAUUACCCAGAUUCUGUAAAAAAACUUGUAAUUUGGGGAGCAAAUUCCUACAUCCUGCCAGAAGAAAUCAACACUUAUGAAAAAUUACGUGAUAUAAGUAAAUGGUCUGAUAAAAUGAAGGCCCCAUUAAUAAAAUUGUAUGGUGAAGAUGGUCUAAAAACAUUGUGGAAUAACUGGUGUGAUACUUUGAUAGAAAUAGCAAAGAAAGGUGGCAAUAUUUGCAAAAAUAAAUUGGACUAUAUUCAGUGUCCCACCUUUAUACUACAUGGUUCCAAAGAUCCCAUGAUUGCUGGUGAACAUCCCGAAUUUUUACUGAAAAAUAUUAAAAAUGCAAAGAUAAAAAUUUUUCCAGAAGGAAAACACAAUAUUCAUCUUCGAUAUGCUGAUGAAUUCAAUAAGGCUGUUACUCAAUUUUUGCUAGAAUGAGUUUCUUGUUUUAGCUAAAGCUAAAAAACAAGAGCUAAAAAAGGUUUUCUGAAGUUUAUUUUAUUUUGUAAGAAGAGAGAAGAAAAAACUAUGUUUAAAUUAGUUAAUUCCGGGACAGCGCGUACGCAGUCCCGACUACCAAAAAUUACGCGCCCGAGUUAUCCACAUUAGGGAUAAUCGCAGGGGUCAGCCCAACCGUAGUGCAAUGGAAAGGCCUCACCCUGGGGGAACCGCCUUGUUGAUCACGGUAACCCCUACGCCAG